AAAACUACGGAAGUGUUAUUACGGAAAUGCUGUUUACGUUGUACGUUGCUAUGUUGUUGUUCAAGUUGUUAUAAUUACAAGUGUGUUGAGAUAGCACGUUGUUAAUACGUUUUUAUAUUAUUAUAUUAAUUAUACUUGGAUCAAAAAACUUAGAGCAACGACAUCUGCCGUUUGCUGCAGUUUAAUGGAACAAUAUAAUAAAACACUCAACACUUGAGAAGACCAGCGAAUCUCGCAUUUGAUUCAGUGAACUACAAAGGCUGUUAGGAUGGAUGAUAUCUAUACUUUGCAGCAGGAAGUGGGACGAGGCAGCUAUGGAGUGGUCUUCAAGGGACGUGUGACAGAGACUGGGUGGUGGGGCGAGAGGGGCGACACGGUGGCCAUUAAACGUCUACCAUGUUGUAACCCAGAGAGUAUAGAGCUUUACCUGCAGGAACUGUGGGCUAUGAGAAUCACAGCACGAAACCAUCCCAAUGUCAUCGCUCUAUACAACUGCCUCUUACAGACUGGACCUAGAACACUGCAACCCCUGAAAUCAGGGAGGCUUCCUUUGGAUUUAGUGGAGAGUGCUCUCAAAGGAAGAGUGGUGGACAAAGACACAAAAACCCAAUUGAAGAAUCCCUCCAGGUCAAAGAGGAGGCUGAUGUCCACAGAAGAGGUUCCCCGGCGCUGCUUUGCCCUUUGGUUGGUGAUGGAGUACUGUGAAGGAGGGGAUUUGAGCCAGUACAUCCUAUCCAGGCCGCCAGAUGCUGAGUGCAACUAUGCAGUGGUUCAACAACUCGGCAGUGCCAUUGCAUUCCUGCACAGGCAUGGAAUAGUGCACCGUGAUAUAAAGCCAGAUAAUGUUCUUGUCCGUCUUACUAAAACAGGACUGGUCAUGAAGGUGGCAGACUUUGGCCUCAGUAAGAUGGUGGACAACCCUACUGAUGGUGUCCAGAGUAGACUGGCUCUUUCCUCUACCUGUGGCUCAGAGUUCUAUAUGGCUCCAGAAGUUUGGGCAGGUCGUAGUUAUACAGCCCAGGCUGACAUCUUCUCUCUGGGUGUGCUUUUCUGGGCUGUGCUGGAGAGAAUCACAUUCCUAGAGGAUGGCACCAAUCAAGAACAACUGGGUGCAUAUGUAAUGCGCGGCCGCUGGCUCAUCCCGUUAGGUGAGGCUCUGUGUCAGAAUCCCGACCUGCAGUUAAUCAUCCCUAUGAGGGCACGACGUGCUCCGCCACUGCCGCCACCUCCAAACCCUGCUAUGUGUGAGCUGCUGAUGGACAUGCUAGAUUGUGACCCUGACAUCCGGCCUACGGCAGACCAGUUGGAGAAGAGGGUCCAGCGUGCCAUGGAGGUCCACUGAUCUCAGAGCAGCAUACUAACAACCAGUCUCCUUUAUACACUAAAAAACUUGAAGAUAAAGCCAAAAAAAGAUGAAAUUGAGAUUUAUAGAUUUGUGUUAUUUGUUUGAAUUUUCAUUUAGUCCCGUGUGUCUGUUACUGUGUGAUGCUUUAUGAUUUAUAAUAUAAUUAGUAUAUAGGGCUGCAUGAUACACAUACAAAUAUCACAAAUUAAUAAA